UCUGCAGUACACGAGCUUAACAACCCUGCGCGUUGGAUCUUCUCUGUAAAACCCUGAAACUCUGGCAGUCUCUCGCUAACUCAAACUAGCUCUUUCACUCUCUAGCUCCUAUAAUGGCGAUCUGCUUCUUAUCUCCAGUGAAACCCAUUUCAAUUUCUCCAUUAAUAUGCAAUAAAAAACCAGCCGUCAUCCGCUGCAACUUCUCUCUCCCUACCAUCACCACCACUGAACCCGAGCCCGUCUUCACCUCCGUCAGAUCGUUCGCCCCUGCCACUGUUGCCAACCUCGGCCCCGGCUUCGACUUCUUAGGUUGCGCCGUCGACGGCCUCGGUGACUUUGUCUCCGUCCGCAUCGACCCCUCUGUGCAUCCCGGCGAGAUCUCCAUCUCUGACAUUUGUGGAACCCACGCUAGUAUAAAGCUCUCCAAGAAUCCUCUCUGGAACUGCGCCGGUAUCGCCGCUAUUGCUACCAUGAAAAUGCUCAACAUACGGUCGGUGGGUCUUUCGCUAACCCUUGAAAAAGGCCUUCCCUUGGGGAGCGGCCUUGGAUCGAGCGCCGCAAGUGCUGCGGCAGCUGCUGUGGCUGUUAACGAGAUUUUUGGUGGGAAAUUAGAAGUUAAGGAUUUAGUUCUUGCUGGACUGGAAUCUGAAGCCAAAGUUUCAGGCUAUCAUGCAGAUAAUAUAGCGCCAGCAAUCAUGGGAGGAUUUGUAUUGAUUAGAAGUUAUGAUCCAUUAGAAUUGAUGAGCUUAAAGUUCCCAGAAGGAAAGGAGCUCUUUUUUGUCCUCGUAAGUCCUGAUUUCGAGGCGCCCACCAAGAAAAUGCGAGCUGCUUUACCGGCAGAAAUCGGGAUGCCUCACCACGUCUGGAACUGCAGCCAAGCUGGGGCGUUAGUGGCCUCUGUGCUGCAAGGGGAUUUGGUGGGUUUGGGCCAGGCACUGUCAUCUGAUAAGAUCGUGGAGCCCAAAAGGGCGCCAUUGAUUCCUGGGAUGGAAGAGGUGAAGAAGGCCGCGAUGAGGGCUGGGGCAUUUGGGUGUACCAUUAGCGGGGCAGGGCCUACGGCCGUGGCGGUGAUUGAUGAUGAAGAGAGAGGAAAGGAGAUUGGGAAGAGCAUGGUGGAAGCCUUUUCGAAGGAAGGGAAUUUGAAAGCUGUGGCUAUGGUGAAGAGGUUAGAUAGAAUCGGUGCUAGACUUGUUGGCAGUGUGCCAACUAGAUAAUCAAAGAUUUCUCUGUGUGUAUGUGUGUGGUUUAGCCACUUUUAAUUGGUUUGGUUUUAGAGAAUGCAACAGGAGAUAAAGGAACUUUACUGUUUGUUCAUUUCCCUAAUGCAUUAAUAAAAGUCAGUUUCCAGUUCUCAUU